GUGUGGGGCUCGCUGCCGUUGGCGGCGGUACCGGGAGGGAGCCGGCCAUGGAUGCUACUGCGCACGAGCUGGACGCGGUGAGGUUCGCGCAGCUGGCGGUGCAGCGGGACCACAGCGGCCGCUACCAGGAAGCAGUCUUCUACUAUAAGGAAGCUGCACAAGCCUUGAUUUAUGCCGGGAUGGCAGGGUCCAACUUGGAAAAUAUUCAAGAAAAAAUAAAUGAGUACUUGGAAAGAGUUCAAGCUCUUCAUUCAGCAGUUCAGUCACAGAACACAGACCCUCUGAAGUCAAAACAACAGUUGGACUUGGAGCGUGCUCACUUCCUAGUUACACAGGCUUUUGAUGAAGAUGACAAAGACAAUGCAGAAGAAGCUAUAGAGUUGUACACAGAAGCAGUGGAACUCUGUUUGAAAACAGCUACUGAAACUUCAGAAGCAGGCCUCCAGUCCAAACUGAAACAGCUGGCUCGACAAGCACUGGAUAGAGCAGAGGCACUGAAGGAAUCUACGUCAAAGUCAUCUCAGAAGAAGUCAACUGCAGCUAAACCAAAUCAUCCAGUCAGAACAUUCUUUCCACUGGGACCUGAUUUUUCUUUAAAUGAUAAACCACAGACAAUCAGAGCAGUGCAGGCUAGUGAACCUCAAGGUCAGAGAUACACUGCCGAGGAGAUUGAAGUGCUGAGGAAGACUUCAAAAAUUAAUGGCAUUGAAUAUGUACCUUUCAUGAGCGUUGAUCUGAGGGAACGUUUUGCCUUCCCUAUGCCAUUUUCUGAUAAAUGUGGGAAGCUACCAUUAUCCCCCAAACAGAAAGCAAUGUUUGCUAAGUGGGUGCGACCAGAUGAUAUAACAAAUAACCCCACGAUGAUUUAUACUGUAUCAAGUUUCAGCAUAAAGCAGACAAUCGUGUCAGAUUGCUCUUUUGUGGCAUCACUAGCUAUCAGUGCAGCAUAUGAAAGAAGAUACAACAAAAAAUUGAUCACAAGUAUCAUUUACCCUCAGAAUAAGAAAGGAGAACCAGAAUAUAAUCCAUGUGGCAAAUACAUGGUAAAGCUUCAUAUCAAUGGUGUACCUAGAAAGGUAAUCAUAGAUGACCAGUUACCUGUUGAUCAUAGUGGAGAACUUCUCUGCUCUUAUUCUAACAAUAAGAAUGAAUUAUGGGUAUCAUUAAUAGAAAAGGCUUACAUGAAGGUCAUGGGAGGAUAUGAUUUUCCUGGAUCAAAUUCUAAUAUUGAUCUCCAUGCACUGACUGGUUGGAUACCUGAAAGAAUUGCUAUGCACUCUGACAAUCAAGCUUUCAAUCAAGAUAGUACUUUCAGAAUACUUCAUCAGAGAUUUCACAAGGGAGAUGUCCUUAUCACAACAGCAACAGGGGUGAUGUCUGAAGAGGAAGGAGAAAAAUGGGGUUUAGUUCCAACCCAUGCAUAUGCAGUCUUGGAUAUAAGGGAAUAUAAGGGACUUCGGUUUCUUCAGCUGAAAAAUCCCUGGAGUCACUUACGUUGGAAAGGACGAUACAGUGAAAAUGACACAAGAAAUUGGACCCCAGAUUUACAAAAAUACUUGAACUUUGAUCCAAGAACAGCUCAGAAAAUCGACAACGGCAUUUUCUGGAUUGCCUGGGAGGACCUGUGCCAGCACUAUGAUGUUAUUUAUUUGAGUUGGAACCCAAGUCUUUUUAAAGAAUCUACGUGUAUUCACAGUACUUGGGAUGCCAAGCAAGGUCCCGUGAAGGAUGCUUACAGUCUGGCUAAUAACCCUCAGUACAAGCUAGAGGUCCAGUGUCCACAAGGUGGAGCUGCCGUCUGGGUCCUGCUCAGCAGGCACAUCACGGAUAAGGAUGACUUUGCACACAAUCGGGAAUUCAUUACAAUGGUUGUAUACAAGACUGAUGGCAAAAAAGUUUACUAUCCAGCUUCUCCUCCUCCAUAUAUUGAUGGUAUUCGGAUCAACAGUCCUCAUUAUCUAACCAAGAUAAAGCUGACCACCCCGGGGCCCCAUACGUUUACCUUGGUGGUGUCCCAGUAUGAGAAACAAAACACUAUACAUUACACCAUCAGGGUGUAUUCCAUGUGCAAGUUCACCUUUUCCAAGAUUCCUACGCCUUACACCAUUUCCAAACGGGUUAAUGGACAGUGGAAAACUCACAGUGCUGGAGGAUGUGGAAAUUUCAGAGACACCUACAAAAACAACCCCAUUUAUCAAUUCCAGCUGGACAAGAAUGGACCAUUACUAAUUGAGCUACGGGGACCAAGGCAAUACAGCGUUGGUUUUGAACUCAUCACAGUCUCGACAGUAGGAGAACCUGGUUCCUAUGGCUUUCAGAAAAAGAGCAGUGGUGACUACAGGUGUGGAUUUUGCUACUUGGAAUUGGAGAACAUAGUUGCUGGAGUUUACAACAUUAUCCCUACCACAUUCCUGCCUCAACAAGAGGGUCCUUUUUUCUUAGACUUUAACAGUACUACUCCUCUUAAGGUAUCGCAGCUGCAGUGAGGAGACAGAUCUAUACAUUACUGUUUCAGGAUGUGGUUUUGAUCUGUCCCACGGUCUGAGAACAGGUGAAUAACUCUUACUACACAUACACAGAAAAUAAACUCAUUCUAAGUUCUAGCCAAAAGCAUGGAAUUGCUGGUUUGCCAGUUCAGCUGUUGCAGACAACUGGGGGACUUGCUGCUCUAGUAUUGGAGCAAGCACUGCUCACCAGGCUAAGUGAUUAUAGUCAAAUGGCAGACUCCAUUUAUUGCAAUUUUUUCACACUUCAGAGUCCAGUGAGCUAAGGGAAAAAAAACCUCACAGUGAUAUUCUCUUCUCCCAAAUUACAAGGUAUAUGGGUUUAAGAUUUUAUUCUUAAAAGUAAACAUGUAAGAAAAAGAAUGUUCUUUGCCAUUCAGGUUGGUUUGGUGGUUUUCUAAGCAAAAAGGCAGCAUUUAAAUCUUAUCUUAGAGCACAGAUGGCACUUGGUCAUUGGGAAACUGAGCACACACGCUACAGGAGCACCAGAAAGAUGUGUGCUAAAAUCAUUCCCCUGGAAGUCUGCUAUUAGCCUUCUCCAGCACGUACAAGAUCCUUUUGUUUCAUUUCCUUCAUAAGGUAGCUGUUUAACAAGUGUCUGUCUUGACAAGGGCACUGAAAACACAAGCCUUUGAAAACACACUGCCCUUCUGACUGCAGUUCUUGCAGAGACCAUCUGGGCUAGGGAACUUGUGACAGGUUUGUCACAGUGUGACUUGACUUACCUUCUUUUGCGGGGAAGUUUCUGAUGAUUGAGCAAAUUAACAGAGGGCACAGCAGAGGCACAAGCUGAGCAUAAACCACAUUAGGUUCUUUGUGGUUAUCCUCGGCUUGUGGAGUACACACCAAGGAUGGCUUCAUCCUGACAAGAUUAAUUCCGAUCUCAUUUUCCCUACAACUUUGUGCUGUUUUUAGCUGAGGUUAAACUGGAGUGGCAACGGAGUCCUGCAUAUAUUUCUCACCUGUGAGGGUAGUUAGGAAGUCUCAACUGAGAAUGUGUUUGACAAGACAAAAGGUUUUGCCAGAACUGCUUGCUUUCACCACUGUGUUCUUGCACAUCCUUUGCUGUUUGAGAUCAGGCUGGUAGACUCGUCUACAGUAAAAUCUGUUGUCAUUCUUCUGUCUGCUCUGCAGGAAGGGGUUUUUCUUUCCUUUCUUGAGCACAAGCUAGUGCCAAACCUUAUGCUGGAUCAGACGAGUGUAAGGCUCAGUUUUCAUGAUGUGCUAAAGUAAAAGCAAGGAAUGUACUCACUUUCUUAAGGACAAAGGCUCCUGUCCCCACCAGGAUCCGCUGACAUUUCUUGCAUAUGCAGGACAGGCACUGGAUUGUGCAUAUCCCCUUAAGCACACAGGGUUUAAGGUUAGUAUUGGUGUCCAUUACAGUGCAAGACUUAUUCAGAUAUUGCACCUACAUGAACAGUGUAAGUUUCUCCCCUUCAGACAGAGGAAAGAAUACUCAGGUGGAAUAUUGAAAGGUAAAUACAACAUAUUCUUAUAAAUUCUAGUAUACAGA